UAAGACCUGGAAUGGCCAAAUAUCACAGUGAAGUUCAAAAUUUGAAGCUGGAUGAUGAUUCAGUUAUAGAAGGAGUAAGUGACCAAGUACUUGUGGCAGUUGUGGUCAGUUUCACUUUGAUUGCUACCCUCAUAUAUGCACUUUUCAGAAAUGUACAGCAGAACAUUCAUCCAGAAAACCAAGAGCCAGUCAGGGUGCUUCAAGAACAACUUCAAACAGAGCAGGAUGCUCCGACUACUGCCCGACAACAGUUUUACACUGAUAUGUACUGUCCAAUCUGCUUACAUCAAGCAUCCUUCCCUGUUGAAACCAACUGUGGACAUCUUUUUUGUGGUGCCUGCAUUAUUGCAUACUGGCAAUAUGGUUCAUGGCUUGGAGCAAUCAGUUGUCCAAUCUGCCGGCAAAUGGUAACUCUACUCCUAACAGUGUUUGGUGAGGAUGGUCAGUCUCAGGAUGCUGUAAGAUUGCAUCAAGAUAUCAAUGAUUAUAACCGGAGGUUCUCGGGCCAGCCUAGAUCUAUUAUGGAAAGAAUCAUAGAUCUCCCCACUUUGCUGAGACAUGCAUUCAGAGAACUGUUUUCUGCUGGGGGUCUUUUCUGGAUGUUCUGUAUUAGAAUAAUACUCUGUUUAAUGAGAGCUUUUUUCUAUCUUAUAUCCCCUCUAGAUUUUGUACCUGAAGCCUUGUUUGGAAUUCUAGGCUUUCUAGAUGAUUUCUUUGUCAUCUUUCUGUUGCUUAUGUACAUCUCCAUUAUGUAUCGGGAAGUGAUAACCCAAAGGCUAACCAGAUAAAAUAAGUAUGUUUACUGGA